UUCAAGAAAACAAAAGCGCUGGCCAGUGCAGGAUAAGGCUCCUCGGUUUGGUCCUCCCCAGUCUAGACAUCACAUCACUAGCUAAAUCUGCUACCUUAGCUGGACCAUUUUUUAACAAAAUGUCAACCACGACCGGGGGCGGAGAGUUUGGCAACCCUCUGCGGAAAUUUAAGCUGGUCUUUCUGGGUGAACAGAGUGUUGGGAAGACCUCGCUCAUCACCAGGUUUAUGUAUGACAGUUUCGACAACACUUAUCAGGCGACAAUUGGUAUCGACUUUUUGUCAAAAACCAUGUACCUAGAAGAUCGCACGAUUCGGCUGCAGCUCUGGGACACAGCCGGACAGGAACGUUUCCGCAGCCUCAUCCCCAGUUACAUCCGCGACUCAGCUGCCGCCGUGGUGGUUUAUGACAUAGCCAAUCUUAAUUCUUUCCAACAAACCUCGAAAUGGAUUGAUGAUGUGAGGACAGAGAGGGGAAGUGAUGUAAUUAUUAUGCUUGUUGGAAACAAAACAGACUUGGCGGAUAAAAGGCAAGUUUCUGUUGAGGCGGCAGAGAGGAAAGCUCGUGAGCUCAAUGUGAUGUACAUAGAGACCAGUGCCAAGGCGGGUUAUAACGUCAAGCAGCUGUUCCGACGCGUUGCUGCGGCCUUGCCUGGGAUGGACAGCACACCAGAGAAAAGCAAAGAGGACAUGAUCGACAUCAAAUUGGAGAAGCAGCCAGAGAUGACUGUGACCGAGAGCAGCUGUUCAUGCUAGUACAGCUCAGCCCCACCCAGCCUGUUUCCUCCCCAGCAACAGCUUGUCUCUCAGUGGCCACGCUCCACCCACGGCACCCUGCCACUGGGAUGGAGCCCCUACCCCCACCCCCACCCCACCUCCUUUUUUUGGGUUUUGUUUUGUUUUCCUUCCCCUUCUCAACUCAGUGACUUUUCAAAGUAACCGUGUGGAUGUGCAUUAUUGUAUUGAAUCUGAUUAUCUUGGGGAAAAUAGUUCAGAAACACACAAAUAAAAACAACAAAUAAGUUAAACCUGUUCAGAUUUUCAUCCAAGUUGCAUGGCAUUAUAUAGGACUGCAGACUGACAUAGCUAAGCGCUCUUAGGUUUAUGCACAGUCCAGGGUCUUAGUGCUGUCUCUCUUGUUGUUGUAAAGUUGACUUGCUUUAGAAUAUGUAAAUGACUGCGAGGUCUAAUUCUCAGCCCAUUUUAUUUUUAUUUUAUUUAAAAAAAGAAAGCGUUUUUAUCUCUUGGACGGCUCAUUCCUCACGUUUUAUGGAAGUAGAAACAUAAUCGUGCAUCAACCCGGAGCCGCGAUGACACAUUCAUUCGACUACGUUUUGGGCUUUUUACAUCGAAGAGUUGGAUCGGUUCUCUCUUUGCCACACAUCCUCAGAGUUAAAGCUGCCAAAAAUUCUUCGGUUGUGACCAAAUCAGUCAAAAUGUUUGUGCACAUUUAAAAAGCAGCGCUGCAAAAAAGGAUGAGUAAAAAGUAACAAGGGGGUUUCAUCAAAAAGGGAAUUCUAACCCUAAACUCUGCAUUAGUGCUUUUAAUGUCGCUAACUCCGCUGCCCGCAUACUAACACGCGUGCGAGGACGGGACUGGUCGCAGGGCGAGGCGAGGCGGCCUCCAUGCCAUCGGUAGCUUGUGUUGUGCUGAUCACCCCCCCCUCCCCCUCCCCCCCUUAUAGUGAGAACAUGCAGCAUGCUCACCAUGCAGGAUUUCUAUGGAUAAGAACACAGAUGCCUUGCUUGUUUGUUCACCAUGCCGUGCACUGAAUCAAGCCACGAUAUUGUAAAUUAUCAGAGGAGCCUGUUGACUGGUUCAUGGCUUCACUAGUCGUCUUUGUAGAGCUGUCGGUUAGGUAGACGUCCUCGGCUAACGGCUAAAGCUUACUAACACGCUCACUGUAAAAAAAAAAAGAAAAAAAAUGUGCAGAGAAGUUGGUUUAGCGGCAUCCUUUUUAUUGUGUUGCUAUUGUGUCCGCGUAAGACCUUUUUUUUUUUUUUGUUUGUUUUUAUGCUUUUAUUUAUUUUUUUAACUUGGGACUUACAGAUGACCUUCUUGACCAAAAGUGCAGCCGCUGCCACGCAUGUUGGGAGUUUAUUUAUUGUGUGCGUGUCCGCCUAAAGAUGGAGACUUUUUUUUUUAACAUGGCAAUGCUUUCCGCCUGUGCCCUCUAGCUUUUUAGUUUACAGUCACAGGUAAAGUCGGCAGCGCUUCUACAAACACACACACACACACACACGUAGUCUUAACACAAUAUAAUUAGCUAGCCAGAGCACAGCAACAGACACUGGUCGUUCGAUGUUGCCUGUUUGGGGAUGUGGGCGUUUUGAGACGGACUCGAAGGUUUGAGUAUUUAUUUUACUUCACAGAAAAAAAACAACAAAAAAAAAACAAAUGUUUAUCCUGACCAGCUCUUCUAUUACUUGUCACUGACUUCAAUACUCAGCUUCGUGCUAUUCUGAAUUGUGUCUGUCUAUUUGAAAUAUGAUGUCUACUCGUGGUUUAGCAACGGUUGUGUGAAUAAUGUACUAUUACUUAUCUUAUGUAUAAAAAGGAGAGUUAAUGAAACACAAGUGUAGGCUUAUCACAUGGAAUAAAAUUAAGAUAUUUCACCAAAAUGGAA